UCACUGGUGGAAAAUGGCUGCUCGGAGUAGCUCCCCAAAGCUCAGAGAAAAGUGAAAAAAAAAAAAAAAAAAGGAAAAAAGAGGAAAAAAAAAAAAGUCUACAUUAAUAACAAGAGGUCGCGUCUGGACCUUUUCCAACGGGCGAGACGAGAACGCGGGGAAGCCUCGACACCGAGAAUGUCUCGCUGGGUGCCCACUAAAAAGGAAAAGUAUGGUGUUGCAAUCUAUAACUACGAUGCCCGGGGAGAGGAGGAGCUGUCGCUGCAGAUUGGAGACACAGUGCACAUACUUGAGACAUAUGAAGUAAUGGAUGUCACUGAUAUCAUAACAGGCAAAAUGGACGAUGAGGACAAGCAGCACUUUAUCCCAUUUCAGCCGCUAGCGUUGGAUGACGCCAUUCGCCACAAGCAGCUGAACAUCUCCCGUUUUUCACCCAGGGUGGCAGGGGAGAACGACUUCCUCCAGACAGUGAUCAACAAAGUUAUCACCGCCAAAGAGGUCAAUCACAAGGGCCAAGGCCUGUGGGUGACUCUGAAGCUGCUUCCUGGAGACAUCCAUCAGAUAAGGAAGGACUUCCCUCACCUUGUGGAUAGAUCAACAGCUGUGGCUCGAAAGAUGGGCUUUCCCGAGAUCAUCAUGCCAGGUGAUGUGCGAAACGACAUCUAUGUGACUCUAGUUCAGGGGGACUUUGACAAGGGGAGCAAGACCACGCCCAAAAACGUUGAGGUGACCAUGUCUGUUUAUGAUGAGGACGGCAAGAAACUGGAGAAUGUGAUCUUCCCUGGAGCUGGAGAUGAGGGGAUCAAUGAGUACAAGUCUGUCAUCUAUUACCAAGUAAAGCAGCCACGCUGGUUUGAAACAAUAAAGGUUGCUAUUCCUAUUGAAGAUGUGAACCGAAGCCACUUGCGGUUCACCUUUCGCCACCGUUCGUCGCAGGACUCAAAAGACAAAUCAGAGAAGAUAUUCGCCUUGUCUUUUGUGAAGCUGAUGAGGUACGAUGGGACGACUCUAAGGGAUGGCGAGCAUGAUCUCAUCGUGUACAAGGCAGAAGCGAAGAAGAUGGAAGACUCCUCUCUCUACCUGAACCUACCUGCCACCAAGCUGGAGCUAGAGGAGAAGGGCUACUCCACCACCGGUAAAAGCAACCAGAACCUGGGCAACUGUACCAUCAGCAAGGACUCCUUCCAGAUCUCCACCCUGGUCUGCUCCACCAAGCUUACACAGAACGUGGACCUCCUUGGCCUGCUGAAGUGGCGCUCCAACACGAGCCUCCUGCAGCAGAACCUCCGUCAGCUGAUGAAGGUGGAAGGUGGCGAGGUUGUCAAGUUUCUCCAGGACACUCUGGAUGCUCUCUUCAACAUCAUGAUGGAGAACUCUGACAGUGACACUUUUGAUACUCUGGUGUUUGAUGCUUUGGUGUUCAUAAUUGGGCUUAUAGCUGACAGAAAGUUCCAGCACUUUAACCCUGUCCUUGAGACCUACAUUCGAAAGCAUUUCAGUGCCACACUGGCAUACAUGAAGCUGACCAAAGUACUGAAGAACUAUGUGGACAAUGCUGAGAAGCUGACGGAACAGCUGCUGAAGGCCAUGAAAGCUCUGGAGUACAUCUUCAAGUUCAUCGUCCGUUCCAGAGUCCUCUUCAACCAGCUCUAUGAGAACAAAGGAGAGGCCGACUUCAUGGAGUCCUUGAGGAACCUUUUCACAUCCUUUAAUGACAUGAUGAGCAGUAAUUCAGAGAAUACUGGCAUGGUAAAGGGUGCUGCUCUGAAGUACAUUCCCACCAUUGUCAACGAUGUCAAGCUGGUCUUUGAUCCCAAGGAACUAAGCAAGCUUUUCACCGAGUUCAUCCUAAAGGUUCCUCUGGGUCGCCUGGUGAAGCAGAAGCUAGACUGUCUGAUUGACAUCGUCCACAGUGAUCUCUUUACUCAUCAUGAUUGCCGUGAGAUCCUCCUGCCACUGAUGACGGACCAGCUGAAGUUUCACCUGGAGAAGCGGGAGGAGCCGAAGGCUUGCUGCCAGCUGCUUAGUGACAUCCUGGAGGUGCUCUACAGGAAAGAUGUGGGUCCAACCCAGUGGCAUGUGCAGAUCAUCAUGGAGAAGCUGCUUAGGACAGUUAACAGGACAGUUAUUUCCAUGGGCCGCGAUUCCCCUCACAUCGGGAGCUUUGUGGCCAGCAUGACUGCCACGCUGAGGCAGAUGGACGACUAUCAUUAUGCUCAUCUGAUCAGCACCUUUGGCAAGAUAAGGAGUGAUGUGGUGGAUUUUCUAAUGGAAACAUUUAUCAUGUUUAAAGAUCUCAUUGGGAAAAAUGUCUACCCCUCAGACUGGGUCAUAAUGAACAUGAUGCAAAAUAAAGUGUUCCUACGGGCCAUUAAUCAAUAUGCAGCAGUGCUGAACAAGAAGUUUCUGGAUCAAACCAACUUUGAGCUACAGCUGUGGAACAACUACUUUCACCUGGCUGUAGCCUUCCUCACCCAGGAGUCAUUGCAGCUGGAGAACUUCUCAAGCGACAAAAGAGCCAAGAUCUUCCACAAGUACCAGGACAUGAGAAGACAAAUUGGCUUUGAAAUCAGGGAUAUGUGGUAUAAUCUCGGGCCCCACAAGAUAAAAUUCAUUCCCGAGAUGGUGGGUCCUAUCCUGGAGAUGACACUAGUUCCUGAGAUCGAGUUGCGAAAGGCCACCAUCCCCAUCUUCUUCGACAUGAUGCAGUGCGAGUUCCACUUCACAUGCAGCUUCCAGCGGUUUGAGAACGAGAUCAUCACCAAGCUGGAUCACGAGGUGGAGGGGGGCCGCGGAGAUGAGCAGUACAAAGUUCUCUUUCAGAAAAUUUUACUGGAGCACUGCAGGAAGCACAAGUACUUGGCCAAGACCGGCGAGAACUUCGUCACUCUGGUGGUUCGUCUGCUGGAGAGGUUGCUGGACUACAGGACCAUCAUGCACGAUGAGAACAAGGAAAACCGCAUGAGCUGCACUGUCAACGUGCUCAACUUUUACAAGGAGAUAGACAGAGAGGAAAUGUACAUCAGGUACCUGUACAAGCUGUGUGACCUCCACAAAGAGUGUGACAACUACACUGAGGCUGCCUACACUCUGCUGCUACAUGCCAAACUGCUCAAGUGGUCAGACGAGCAAUGUGCAGCCCACCUGACCCAGAGAGACGGCUACCAGGCCACCACUCAAGGACAGCUCAAGGAUCAGCUGUACCAGCAGAUUAUCAAUUACUUCGACAAGGGCAAGAUGUGGGAGGAGGCAAUCAUUUUGGGAAAGGAACUGGCUGAACAGUAUGAGAAUGAAAUGUUUGACUUUGAGCAGCUCAGUGCAUCUUUGAGGAAGCAGGCCCAGUUCUAUGAGAACAUAGUGAAAGUCAUCCGGCCCAAACCCGACUACUUUGCCGUAGGCUAUUACGGCAUGGGGUUCCCCUCCUUCCUACGAAACAAAAUGUUCAUCUACCGUGGGAAGGAGUAUGAACGCAGAGAGGAUUUUGAAGCGCGUCUCCUCACACAGUUUCCCAACGCAGAGAAGAUGAAGACGACCACGCCACCCAGCGAGGACACUAAAUGUUCUUCGGGACAAUACAUCCAGUGUUUCACGGUGAAACCUAUCCUAGACCUGCCUGCCAAGUUCCAAAACAAGCCCGUCUCCGAACAAAUAGUGAGCUUCUACACAGUAAAUGAAGUCCAUAAAUUCCAGUAUUCCAGGCCAGUGAGGAAGGGAGAGAAAGACCCCGACAAUGAGUUUGCGAACAUGUGGAUUGAGAGGACCACUUACACGACAGCGUACAAACUCCCAGGCAUCCUGCGCUGGUUUGAAGUCAAGUCAGUCUCCACAGAGGAGAUCAGUCCACUGGAAAACGCCAUAGAAACAAUGCAGCUGACGAACGAGAAGAUCAGCAGCAUGGUGCAAAGGCAUCUCACAGACCCCAACCUUCCCAUUAACCCCCUGUCCAUGCUGCUCAAUGGGAUUGUGGAUCCAGCUGUCAUGGGAGGUUUUACCAACUAUGAGAAGGCCUUCUUCAAUGACAAGUACAUGCAGGAACACCCAGAGGACAUUGAGAAGAUAGAGAAACUGAAGGACCUUAUCGCCUGGCAGAUCCCACACCUUGCUGAGGGUGUUCGCAUCCAUGGAGAGAAGGUCACGGAGGCACUGAGACCUUUCCACGACCGCAUGGAGGCCUGCUUCAAGCAACUACGGGAAAAGGUGGAGAAACAGUAUGGGGUAAAGACCCUGCCGGCAGCAGAUGAACGGCGGGGGCCUCGUCCACACUCCAUGGUGCGCUCCUUCACCAUGCCCUCUUCCCAGAGGCCGCUGUCAGUGGCUUCAGUUACCUCCAUUUCCUCUGACAACUCCCCCUCCAGGCCUGGCUCAGAUGGUUUUGCCCUGGAGCCCCUCCUGCCAAAGAAGCUGCACACCAAGUCUCAGGACAAGCUGGACCGGGACGAGCCUGAGAGGGAACGCAAAGAGAAAAAGAAGGAGAAAAGGAACAGCAAGCACCAGGAGAUCUUUGAUAAAGAGAUGAAGACCACGGAGAUCCAACUGCAGCCCACUGAAGCUGUCAUACUCUCAGAGACGAUCAGCCCCCUGCGGCCCCAGCGACCGAGGAGUCAAGUCCUUAACCAGAUGGGUGGAGACCGCCGCCUCUCUGUGUCCCCCGGACCGCCUUCUUCUUCCUCCAACUCCUCCUCCUCCCCGGGACCCCCACCCAUCACACCCCGGAGCAAGCUCUCCUUUAGCACACUGCACGCUGUUUCCAGUCUGGAGCUGAACGGGAUGGGCUGCUCUGACAAGGGCGAAACCCCUCCUCCGCUGCCUGUGAAAGGCAGCACGGCUGAUUACGGCAACCUGCUAGAUAAUCAAGACUUGACGAGUCCCUCGACGCCUCCGCCAGCCCCGCCACAUCAAAGGCCCAUUCCACCUCCUUUGCCCAGCAAGACUCCUCCUCCGCCUCCUCCCAAGACCACCAGGAAACAGGCCUCCAUCGAUUCAGGAAUUGUACAGUGAACAAAGACGCUGACAGUAGGACCAAACAACACACUGACAACCCAACAAAAAACACCAUCAACAGUAACCGCUUCCCCCGAAAAGCGGUUGUUUUUACCCACACAUUCCUCGCUCCCUGUCCCAGCUUGACAAGAUGAAUACCUCACUGCAGCCCGCCCCCUCUUAUCAUCUUCUUUUCAUUUUUUUCAUUUUUUUUCUCUCGCCUUCAGUUUGACGAUGAUGCAGUCUGCAACAGGGAGCAUGUUGCACAGAUAAGUAGUCACUGAAUUUGUAGAUGCUGUCUACGAUCGACACCAUGCCACUUCAAGACUUUACCAUGACAUGAGAUUGUGUUCAGAUAGAUAAGCUUGGACCAACAGCUUUCCAAUACUGACCCACUCUCAAGUAUAUGAGAGCUCAUAGCUAAUUAAAGCAUAAUUCCUAUCUCUUUUUAUUCAUAUUCCCACUAUGUACAGAGGUUUGUAUAUAUGAUUUGAUUUUAUUUCAGGUUUUUUGUAUGUGAUUUGAUAAUGACUCUUUUUGUAUUAACGUAUCAUUAGAUUAAGUGGCAUUUAUAUGAAACAAAAAAGGGCCUGUAGGUUUUGAAUUGACAGGGACUUGACAGAGUUGGUAUGUGAGAACCUAUCAUGGAUUUUAUUGGUUAAAUUUUGGAGUGCACAUACAACUAACUCCUAUCGCAUUAUCAUUGUUCAGACCUUGUCCUAGAUUGCUGUAACCUUGGAUUUCGAUAAUAUUGACUUUUCCCAAUUCACUACUGACAUGACUUCUGA